AUGCAGUGGAGGGAUCGCUUGUCGCCCUCCAUGAUGUGGGCGACCAGGACCAUCCAAGAGUGUGGUGCGUGCCUUCCGUCACACCAGGGCGCCGGAGCUGACGUGUGCCGCGAGUGUCGCGUCAGCUUCGACAGUGGACGGCUGCCCAAGGCCUGCUCUGUCAACAACAUGGCCAUCGGUUGUGAGCAUCGGUACCCCGACGAGCUUGAUGACCUCUCUCCCGUCGAAGAGAGACUCAUUGCCCUACAUGCGCCUUUUGGCUAUAUCACCAAGUUCACAGUGGACAACAAGACCCGUUCGGGAAUCAGCUACCGCAAGCACGUGAAAGGACAUAUUGUCGUCUUUCCGAACAAGGUGGACGAUCUUGUUGCCACCGUUCUUCCCCAUCCCUUGCUGCAAGCCAUUGAGAAUAUCCACGUCUCUUGGAGCGGCUCGGCUAAGCCUGGCUCCGCAGACGUCGGACACCUGCUUCGGGUGCGCAAAUCUCGAGUGGCAGCCGCCCUGGCAUGGCUCCAGAGGAACAACCCGCUUUACGAGAAUAUCUCAAUCAACCAAGCAGAGAUGGACGGCUGGCAGUAUGCCGAUGGGUCCAGUGUUCCGACCGUCAUCAUGGACCGCAUGCAAAGAGAGGAACCGUCGACCGUUGAGAGGACACAAACGGACCAUAUAGUCCCGAACACUGAUCGAGGCUUGGCGGAAAACAGCUUUACAAGCAUCGAUGAACUCGUAAACUCCAUCGAUCCUAUCUUCAUCGCUGAAUCUUGCGAUUUGGACUGUGCUCUGUCGACUGAGCAGACUCAACCUUCCCCUGGUGAGCCGGCGACUCUUGUCCCCGACUCGGCCGCCAUCGGCCAGGAAGUUGAUCCUGUCUACGAGACGUCUACGUCCGGCAUGUUUCCUCUCGAUGGUCCGGCUGCCUUCGCCGAGACCGAUAAACUGUCGUUUCUGGCCGACAUCGUCAACGCCAAUCCGGACCAACAGGGUACCUCUGUGCCAUGCGUUAUGCAGGUCCGAACUACAGGAGACCAGCCACUUGAGCAGGCCUAUGCGAACUUGACCGAGGACCGACUGAAGAGGGCCGAGGCGGAGAUGCGGGAGACGAGGACUACGUCGGACCCCGACAUAUCGCUCUUGCUUCGCGAGCUGUCGAUCUUUGGCCAUGCACAGCCGCUCUCGAACGAAUCCCGUUUGCUUAUGCGGAGGAAGAUACAAGCUCUGGACAUCCGCGCCGGUAUGCCUGCAAUCUGGAUUACCAUCAGUCCCAACGACAUCAAUAACCCGGUAAAGAUGAAGCUUGCCAUUCAUAGGCUCCACGAUUAUGAGUCUGCGAAGGAGCUUUUGGCCGAUCUCCGUGAAAAGUACGACAGGAUCGCCCUGAGCACCAUGGAUCCGGUCAGCUCGGCCAUCUUCUUCCACCGAGAAAUAUCCCUAUUCUUUGAAAAGUAUGUGAAUACAGGCCGGGAAUCGAUCUUCGGGAAGAUCAGCCACUACUACGCCACCGUGGAAACGAACGAGCGAGGCAGCCUCCACUUGCAUGGACUCCUCUGGCUGGACGGCAACAUGCGGUUACCGAACCUGAUAGACGACAUGGCCAAUCCCGCGGAAGAAUCAUAUCGUGCCCAGGUGAUCCGAUACGCAGACUCCGUCUUUCAUGAGUGUCUAGAUGAAGAUGCCGGAAAAGCCGUGCGACAGCAGAGGAAGCCCAUCGAUCCCGUGGAGGAGGUCAUGACUAGCACCUCGGCUCUCACUGCGGCCUUUGAAGACGAAUCAAUUUCAUCGCAUACUGUUGCCAAGUGCACUCCCACACACCUGCCUCAAGCACCGUGGAAAAUCGUCGAGGAGACAGGGUUCACAGAGGAUGGCUUGCUUCAGAUUCAGCGCAACCAUCCACUCGUCAACCGGUACAACAAGUCGUUGGCGGUCGGCCUUCGCCACAAUCACGACGUCUCGAUGAUCUUGACCAAGACCAAGGGCCUGGCCAUGGUGUACUACAUCACGAACUACGCCACCAAACUGGAUACGCCGAUGUGGAAGCGCAUUGCUCGCCACCGAGGUCCCGCCCUGCCCGACGGCAGGCAGCAGGCGGUAUUGAACGAAAGCCGUCAAUUCCUGAUGAGAACGGCAAAUCGCAUCUUCUCCGAGCGACAACUCUCGGCUGUCGAGGUUUGUUACCACCUCCUUGGAUAUGACACCGACUUUACCAACGUGCCGCAUUGGUCCUUCUUGAACUUGACGGCCCUAUACUGGACAAUCUUUCGGCUAUGGGCGCAUCUCCGCCAUCAGGCCGGCGAGCUCACGGACGCCGAACAGCCCCAGAGACAAUCCUCUGAGGCAAGGAGGGCGAACCCUAUUAUGCCUGGAGGCGAUUCAGACUGUGAAGGCUGGAUGCAAAAGCUUCGACGGCCCGACCAGUACGCCGUCCCGAUCUUCCAAGGAUACAUCAGCGACGACCACGAGGACGAUCACCCAGUCUAUAUUAAGCGAAACCCUGUCCUACAUUUGGCGUUAUUCGUCCCUUGGGAAAACUUCAUUUCUGAGAGCCUAGGCGAUAUAACCGACAUAUGGACGACGCAUCGAGCGGGCCUUUGUCCCCGCCUCCGUUUCUACGUCUCUAACAUUUGUCUUUUGAGAAAGUCUGCCGAAGACGCGCGUAAGGACGCGAAGCUCUGGGCCAGUCGGUCGGAGGGCGACGACACAAUUGACGUUGAGUACCCGCUUGACGAUGGCCGAUACGAAGAAGAGCCUCCAGCGAUGGCUCAUCGUCAGGCCUACAGAGCUCUACUCCAGAUUUUGCGAAAUGCCGUGCAGGACACGGACGCCACAAAAGACUCCCCGUCCUUGGAGGUUUAA